AUGUCUGCCUUCAGCUCGUCUCUUCGCCCCUUCCUGCGCGCCUCUUCCGGUGCAGCUCUCUCCGCACGCUCUUUCAGCACCUCCUCGCCGCGCUCAAUCGCGCGCAUGAUCAUCACUGGCCGUCUCGCUGCCGAGCCCGAGCUGCACGCCACCUCAACCGGCCAAGACGUCAUCAAAUAUGCGGUGGGUACUACCUAUGGCAAAGGGGAUAAUCGGCAGACCAGCUGGUUCCGCGUCUCGAGCUUCCAGCCAGAGGGUUCGCAGCGGGAUUUCAUUCUCGGCCUGCCGAAGGGAACCCUUGUGUACCUUGAGGGCGAUGCCACCAUGCGUUCGUACGAAGACGCAGAUGGCAAGAGACAGUCCGCCCUGAGCAUUGUGCAACGGACGCUCGAGGUCCUCAAACGCCCGUACAACCCCGACGCUGCUGAUUCUGAAGCUUCUUCCCAGUAA